AUGAAGGUUUCCAUCCUGCUUUCGGCCAUUCUCGUGACGAAGUUGUAUCUGGUCGCGGCACAAACUGUCAAUAACUCAACUUCAACGCCAAGUUCCUGCUACGAGACCUGCGAAGACUUCGACCAGUACUGCGAGGUCAGCACCGGAGUGUGCCGCGGCCCCCGCUACGACGGCGAGUGCUUUAACCCAGCCACAGGCGCGUUCCAGGAUGGCUGCGAUCCAGGAUUUGCGUGCGUCGACAACAAGUGCGACUUCCUGGAGGAGAUAGCAGAGGCGACGGAGGCGGACUCCAGCUCGGCGUCUGGAUGCAGUGAAGACGCUCAGUGCAGCGUCUUCGGCGAGUACUGCGACAGCGACCUCAACGAGUGCCGCGCGCCUAUCGACGGCGAAUGCUACGACGCCGCCUCCGGUGUGUUUACAGACGGGUGUGCCGAGGGCUACGAGUGUCUCGACGGUUUGUGCCAGGUGCACACCACAACUACGGACGAUUCAGUGUGCUACCUCACCUGCUCCGCUGGAGAGUACUGCGAGAACGGCGCCAAUGAAUGCAGAUCCCCCGGGUACGACGGCGAGUGCUUCAACCCUGCUACAGGCCACUACCAAAACGGCUGCGACCCAGGCUUCACGUGCUCCAACAACCAGUGCUCGUACGCUUGA